UGCUUUUCCUGAUUUAUUAGACUUAGUUGUUGACAAGUACAGUGCCACCACAUACUACGUAAAAUUAUGUUCCCCAUAUUUUAGUGCUGCGCGACCUGGCAUGGCAGAACAAGAUGUUAUCAGUCCAGAAUAUCUUUCUCCAAAAUGUGAAGCGGAUUAUAGUUGGAUAUAUUCAUACAAUGCAUCGAAGAUGUGUAAUAUCAUGUUUGCAUUCGCUUUAAACCGUCAGCUGGAAAAGAAGAAAGUUUUCUGCACCGCCGUCCAUCCGGGAAAUUUGCUGAGAACGCCUUUAAUGAACAGAUCUUACGUUUGGCGCUUCUUCUCGACUAUCUGCCGCCCUUUCGCCAAAUCUCUUGUAGCCUGUUCUACGGUACUCUACGCCGCGUUUGCGCCAGAAAUGCAGAACGUUGGGGGGCGAUACUUGAACAACUGCUGGUACUGCAACCCUUGGUCGAUCUGUGCGUUCGAAUCGAUAGAAUUUAUGGCACUCUCAAACGCCUUCCAUGAACAUGGCAUAAAUCAUGUUUACGUUUUAUGGAGGAGUUAA